CUGUCCCAUCAAUUGGCGAUGGUCGGCGACCUGCCUACCACGGUGUUGACGGGUAACGGGGAAUCAGGGUUCGAUUCCGGAGAGGGAGCCUGCGAAACGGCUACCACCUCCAAGGAGGGCAGCAGGCGCGCAACUUACCCAAUCCCGACACGGGGAGGUAGUGACGAAAAAUAACGUGGCGGGGCCCUUUCGUGGUCGCCGCGGGCGGAAUGAGCGCAAUUUAAAAGAGUGUGCGAGGAGCUAUUGGAGGGCAAGCCUGGUGCCAGCAGCCGCGGUAAUUCCAGCUCCAAUAGCCUAUAUCGGAGUUGCUGCGGUUAAAAAGCUCGUCGUUGGAUCUCGGAGGCGGCACGGUCGGGCGCGAUACGCUGCGGGUCCGACCGGCGAUUUCUCGGCCGUCCCUAACCAGCGCGCGGGGCGAGGUGGACUUCGCGGUCCUGCCUCGUUUUUCUCCUUCACGGGAGAGAACCCGCCGCAUUUUCUGUCUACCUUGAAAAAAUUAGAGUGCUAAAGGCAGGCUAAAACCCCGAGCCUGAAUAUUUCGUGCAUGGAAUAAGCGGGGAUGCUCUUNUCCGGAGGGCGGUCCGACCGACUGGCGACGUCGCUUUCGCUGUCGGUUUCGCCGGAGAGCUAGGAUUCGAGAGGAACGGUGGGGGGCGAGCGUACCGGGCGGGGAGAGGUGAAAUUUUGUGAUCCGCUCGGGACGACUCGAAGCGAAAGCGCUGGCCCCGGACGUCUUCCUUAAUCCAGAACGAAGGUGGGUGGAGCAAAGACGAUCAGAUACCGUCGUAGUACCGACGGUAAACGCUGCCGACCGGGCCGCGGACGAGGCUCGAGAACAGCGGUUAUGGACCCGUCCGUGGCGGCUUCGGGCAACCUGAGAGUUUACGGGUUCCGGGGGUAGUAUGGUCGCAAGGCUGAAACUUGAAGGAAUUGACGGAAGGGCACCACAAGGAGUGGAGCCUGCGGCUUAAUUUGACUCAACACGGGGCAACUUACCCGGUCCGGACAUCGUCAGGAUUGACAGACGCUCGUGCAGUUCUUUCUCGAUUCGAU